GCCACGGAAGGGACCGAGAAGAUGGACGGGACAAGCGGAGGAAACGAAACGAAGGAGGCGGGCAAAGGAGGAGGCAGAAAAGCGACCGUUCGCUUGUUUGUAUCCUCAUCGCGCCCCCACAUUUAGCGAAGCUACGGCCACUGCCCACAGGCCCUGAGCCUUGGACGCCAGGCCCCAACCACACGCAUUUCACUCUUCUCGGUUGAUUCGGCUCGUCUGCAUGACCCCGACUCUGACGAAUUUCACAUUAUGUCCAUCACUUACAUCAUCAUCUGGGCUGGUGGCAAGCGCCUGACUCUAACUCUCUUUGUCGAUGGGAAUGAAAUCGACUCCGACGACCUGGUUGUAACUUCCAAGCUGGCAUUCCUUUGCGCCCGGCCCGCGUGGGAAAAGAAGGCUUGCGUGGCGAUGACUGGCUGAUUUUCUACCCUCUUGGUGCUACUUCAAACUGCAGGACUGAUCAAAAGGUUUAAUUACCUCUUGUCUCGCCUUCUCCGGCUACCCGGAGGCUUUUGGGAUGCUUGCACCGGUGUCGCCACAUCCUCGCCGCACCAAUUCAGAACGCCGCCUUCUGAGAAGAUGUCAGAAUGCGUACACCCGACCGCAUUUUGUUCCUCCACCUUCCGCGCAUCCAGUCAAACAAUCUUCCUCCCCUCCAUAUCUGCGGAUCUACCGACGGAUCUGUCUGCGACCACAUGCUCCGAUGGCCACGCCCUU